AUGCCCAGCCAAAGAGUCAUCCGCAUCAACGGCCCUCGGAACUCGGUCGAGAACCUGAAGGAGUUCCAGGAGUCCGUGCCCGAGCCGACCAAGUACGAGGUUCUGGUCAGGGUGCACGGCGUAUCCCUAAACUACCGAGACAUCGGCGUCGCCACCUCGCUCUACCCCUUCCCCGUCAAGGACAAUGUGGUUCCUUGCUCGGACGCCGCUGGCGUCGUGGUGAAGGUCGGUGAAGGCGUGAAGAACGUUACCGUUGGUGACCACGGUGGUCCGAUUGACGGUGUGCUUCGCGAAUACGUCUGCAUCCCGGCUGCCUCGGCGGUGCAGGUCCCCAAGGAAUCCGCCUUGUCCUUCUGCGAAUGGUCGACUCUGGUCUGCACGGGUGUGACUGCGUGGAAUGCGCUAUAUGGGAAUAUUCCCCUUCGUCCCGGCCAGACUGUUCUGUUUCAGGGAACCGGCGGCGUCUCCAUCACCGGCCUGAUCCUGGCCAAGGCGGCCGGCGCCCGCACCAUCAUCACCUCCUCCAGCGACGAGAAGCUGAAGCGCGUUCAGGCCGACUACGGCUGGUCCAAGGAGGUUCUCCGCCUGACCCAGGGCCAGGGGGUCGACUACAUCUUCGAGAACGGCGGAUCGGGCACGAUCGGCGAGUCCCUCAAUGCCGUCAAGAUGGGCGGCAACAUCUCGGUGAUCGGCUUCCUGUCGCAAGCCGACCAGGCCAAGAUGCCGGACGUCGCGGCUCUUGCCCUGUCCAAGGGCGCCGUCGUCCGCGGUAUCACCGUCGGCUCCACGCAGCUGCUCCAGGAGGUGACGCGCUUCGUGGCGACGCGGGGUCUCCGGCUGCCCGUGGAUAAGGUCUUUGAUUUCAAUGAGAAGGCCGUCGUGGAGGCCUACAAGUAUGCUGCCUCUGGUGCGCAGAUCGGGAAGGUGUGCAUUAAGGUUGCCUGA